GGUGCUGGGAGUUGUUGCUCCCAGGGGCACAGCGCCUGCCUUGCAUGCAGAAGGUCCCGGAUUCAACCGCCGACGGCAUCUCCUCCAGGCAGGGCUGGGAGAGGCUCCCUGCCUGAAACCCUGGAGAGCCACUGCUGCCAGAGUAGAGUGCAGAGUGUAGACAGUACUGUAGACAGCCCCCUUUGGCCUGGUCCCACAGUGGGCUCCUCUCCGGCUCCAAAUGAGGAGGAGAGGUUCGCGAAGCCCUUUGCACCGCCUGUUCCUUUUGCUGCUGCCAGCGGGGUGGCCGGCCUCACCCUGGCCCGACCACCAGUCCGAGGCCACAAGGGUGAUGGCAAGGACGCCUUCCCUGCCUCCCUCUGUAGCAGCUCCUGAGCUCGGAGCAAACGACGUUCGCACCCCGAGAGCACUCUUGGGCCUCGGUGACCCCCGAGUCAUCGCAGCCAGCUGCGCGCAUCUGGAUCCGGAUUUGCGAGAUGCUUCACUCCAGCUCCUCUCUGGCAACCGCCGCCUGCCCAGGAAAGGUGGAGGCAGCCGCAGCGGCGGCGUUGUUGAGGCUGGGAGCGGCCUUUUGGGUCGGCCUGCGGGGUGGGGUGGAGGGGAGGAGGAGAAGCAGAGCUCCACCUGGUUCACUCCAGCGCCAGGAGAGCACCUGAGGGGAGCGGCGGCCUCUGCCUCGGCCACCACCAGCCCGCCUCCUGUCCACAGGCCCGGCCUGUGGAGUGCGGCCAUGGCCCCGCUUGCCCAGGGGCGGCCUGGCCCCAGCUGGGGGGGCGUCCUGCUGCUGGUGCUCUGCCCUGUGGCAGCAGUGGAAAUUUAUACCUCGGGGACACUGGAAGCUCUGAACGGUACAGACGUGCGCUUGAAAUGCACCUUCCGCAGCCAUUCCCCAGUCGGGCAGAGGUUGACGGUGUCUUGGCACUUCCAGCCCCAGGCAAAGGGCCCAACUGAGUUUGUUUUCUACUACAGUGAGCAGGGCUACCCUCCUGUGACAGGCCGCUUCUCAGGCAGAGUCACAUGGGAUGGCAACACUGCCAAGAACGAUGCCUCCAUUAUGCUUUGGAACGUGAGCCCCAAUGACAACGGGACCUUCCAAUGCCACGUGAAGAACCCGCCUGAUGUGGAUGGCGUCACUGGCGAGAUCCAGCUGCAGGUGGUGCUGAAAGUGAAUUUCUCGGAGAUCCAUAUCCUAGCAAUCACCAUCGGCGCUGCCUGUGUUCUGAUGAUUGUCACAGUGCUUGUGGUUGUUUUCUGCCGUCAUCAGCGGAAGAUGCAGCAAGACACGAAAAUGGAGAUGGAGGAGACAGAACUGCCAGAGAAGGAGAAGCUGAAGGGAGCCCAGGAGGACACUGAGACACACCUGUGGGAAGACGGGGCCUAACAUGCCAGGCCCCCUGCCCACCCCCGUUGCCAUGGAGGCUGGCUCUUCAGAGAUCUGGGUCAGAGGCAGCGGAUGCCACAAGGCGGCUCGUCUCGUCUCCCUCACCUCAGAAAGUGCUUCGUUCAUCUUCAAAGGCCUUUGGGGAAAAGAGUGCCUGGCCUGGCCUGGCACAUACUGUGGGGGUUCCCAAUGAUGCUGUAGUGCAGAGGACCACAAAUGGUUGUCCCGACCCUGCCCUCAUGUGUACCUGUGGGGGAUUCCUCUGAGCCACUUACCAAGGGGGCACCCCACGUCCAAGUACCUGGAGAAGGCAAAGAUGCCAAGAUGCAGCCUCUUUGCCAGCCUGGCCUAAGCUGCUCUGCCACAGACACAACCACACUGUCCUGCUGUCUUCCCAAGUUUCAGGGGAACUGAAGCUUGGCUUGACUCUAAAGCCCAAAUGGAAACAUAGACCUGCCCUCCUGCCUGCCCUCCUUUGAGUAGCCAAAUUUGCCAGAAGGAUUCCAUGGUGCACAAUGUCAGUGUCUCCAGUGCUCCAACCCUCUGAUAAAGGGCAGUCAUUGUCGGAAUUCUAUUGAGUUGCGGAGCGGAGUGGAGAGAUCUGAGCGAGCUUGUGUGUGUGUGUUUGAAUCUUUGCUAAGAGUCUACCUUCCCUGCAAAUUAGUCAGAGACUUUUAAGCUUCAAAAUAAGACAUAACUACUUUAUUCUGGAAGUACAUGCUUGAUAGGAAAGAGUUCUAUAUCUAGCUAACUAGCUAUGUUGGAGCAGUCUGCACUGGUCCCAGUGCAGCUCUCAUGCUGGUUGAGAGGGAGAGACAAAGGAAAGAUGUCUGCUCCCCUCUCAAGAAAGAAGAAGGAACCGGGAAGGCAGGAAGGAACUGGGAUCAACAUCCUUUGCAUAUCAGUCUAGCAGGAGGGGGAGAGACGGCAAGGAUCAAAGGACAGGUAUACCCUAGCAACGAAGAGGCCUCCUCCCUAGCUAUCCUUUUUAACCCCAUGCAACCUCAACCCACCAAGCUGGAGUUGAACCUCAUACAUUCCAACAGUCAUUACACUGAGCAGGUUCAGUACCUGCAGGGUCUGUCAGUAUUUUGAGCCCAGGAAGGAAAGAGAUGGUGAUCGGGGGCGGCUCCUGGGGUCUCUGGCUCCUUCACUGUGAGGUGCCCCCUCCUUGUCUAAACCACCAUUCUCUCCUCCUGGAUUUCUUCAGCCAGACAGGAUCUGGAGAAGCAAACAGAUUUGCCUAUAUGCUGUGACAUCCCUUCCUCCCACAGAACUUGCACUCAGAGCCGCUUGUUGCAAUUCAGCAGCAAGUUUGCAACAGCCUCGCAGGAAGCCUCAGCCAGCCUCUCUCCGUUUUCGAUCUUUGCUCACAAACUGCCUUUUCUACCGUUCACUGCUCUAAACCUACUCAGUAUAGACGCCCCCCUAUUUGCGGGCUAGCGGCUGCCCAGCUUUUCCCCUCCCCAGCCAAAUUUGCUGUAUUUGUUACACUAGCGGCCCGGCCUGUCCGUGGAAGGCAGGUGGGCGGGCGGGCGUCGGGGGCACCAGCUCGGGCCGGCCCUGUAAUUUAUUUGUACGAGUCUUGUGAAACGUUUGCCUGUAAAUAAAGUGCAUUUCAUACUGAAAAGAA